AUGCCAAAGUCUGAUGGAGGGGAGAGGAUACUCAAUGAGCUGGGCUACAGGCUGGGUCAGACAAUCGGGGAGGGAAGCUUCUCCAAGGUGAAAGCCGCCACCUCCAGCAAACACAAGGGGCCCGUGGCCGUCAAGGUGGUGGACCGGCAGCGAGCGUCACGAGCCGUCGUGUUCAAGUUUCUGCCUCGGGAGCUCUCCAUCGUGCGUAGGAUCCAGCACCCCAACAUCGUGCGCGUCUUUGAGCUCAUCGAGGUCUGUAACAGGAAGCUCUACAUCGUGAUGGAGGCCAUGGACACUACCCUGCUGCAGAUGUUGGAGAAUCUGGGAAAGCUGCCCUGCGCCCCCAACGCCCGGGACAUCUUUGUGCAGGUAGUGAGGGCCGUGCGCUACCUGCACGACCGCAACCUGGUGCACCGGGACCUCAAGUGCGAGAACGUGCUGCUCUCCGCCGACGGCCGCCGCGCCAAGAUCAGCGACUUCGGCUUCAGCAAGGAGCUCAAAGGGUACCCGGACCUGAGCACCACCUUCUGUGGGACGGCAGCCUUCGCCUCCCCGGAGGUGCUCAUGGGCAUCCCCUAUGACGCCAAGAAAUACGACAUAUGGAGCUUGGGGGUGAUGCUCUACAUGAUGGUGGUCGGCAACGUUCCCUUUGAUGAUACCAACGUCCAGAGCAUGCCCCAGCUGCAGAAGAAGGGGGUGAUGUACCCAGAGGGGCUGCCCCCGCUGCCGGAGCCCUGCCAAGCCCUCAUCACCCAGCUGCUGCAGUACACCCCAUCGUCCCGGCCCGGUGCGGGGCAGAUAGCCAAGAACCGCUGGCUGAACGGGGACAUCUGA